UCCAUCCGCAACGUGCUCGAUACUCUAUACGCCUUGGGACUGCUGAAGGCGCUGCGCAUGACAUGGCUUCUCUCGAGACGUUCGAAUCUACACUGAAGGAUGUUGUUACUGCGAAGCGAUUGUCCGCUUCCAAAAUGGCGAACUUGACGGAGAUUGCGUUGAAGUGCAUGAAGAAUGACACCCAGCUGGUGUCUACUCUGUUCCGCACCCACAGAACUUUGUCCUCAGCAUCCAAAGUCAACAGCCUCUACGUGUUCGACGCGCUCUCUCGCGCAGCCAGAAAUCAAGUGAACAAGCACCGUCUAAGUCCCCCUAUCGACCCAGCACAGGGCAACUGCGCGACGUUCAUCGUGAAGGUCGAAGGUGUCCUCGAUAGUUUGUUCCAGGAUCUCAUAACAACUCGUGAUGAGACAUUAAAGGAGAAGUCCAAGAAGGUCCUUGAUAUAUGGGUCAAGAACAAUACCUUCCCAUCCGCCGCUUUAGAACGACUGUCGCAGCGUCUGGAGAAUCCGGCAAAAGGUGCUUGUCGUUAUCUAUGUUUCUUCGCUGAGUGUAGUUUCCGUUCGCGCAAUUCUAGUCCUUUUGUUUUCAGUCACUGUCUGCUUUGAGUGAGAAAUGAAAGCAGUACAACCGCUCCCACAUUCUCUACGACACCACCGCAACCACCGCCUGUUACCGCUGACACAGGUGCUGUCACGAACCUAAUCAACCUUCUCGCAAAAGCCAGGAAUGCGAAUGCCGUGCCCCCAACGAGCCAAAUACCGACAAAUACAGCCACUCCCGUCCAUGCAUCCACGGCCACACCUCCACUGGCUGCAGAUCCUCUUGCUUU